GCCGGCCGCUCGCCCUGCGCCCGGGCCCGGGCCCCGACGGCCGCGCGUUGAGAUGACUUUCCGAGACCUCCUGAGCGCCAGUUUCGAGGGACCCCGCCCGGACAGCGGCGCCGGCGGCUCCAGCACCGGCGGCGGCGCGGGGGGCGCGGGCGGCACGGCCGCCUCGGAGGGCCCGGCGGUGGGCGGCGUGCCGGGAGCCGUGGGCGGCGGCGGGGCCGGCGUGGUGGGCGCGGGCGGCGGCGAGGACAACAGGAGCUCGGCUGCCGAGCCGGGGGGCGCGGGCGCUGGCGGCGAGGUGAACAGCACAGCGGCCGUCGGGGGGCUGGUGGUGAGCGCGCAAGGAGUGGGCGUGGGCGUCUUCCUGGCCGCCUUCAUCCUCUUGGCUGUAGCGGGCAACCUGCUGGUCAUCCUCUCGGUGGCCUGCAACCGCCACCUGCAGACAGUCACCAACUAUUUCAUAGUCAACCUGGCCGUGGCCGACCUGCUGCUGAGCGCCACGGUGCUACCCUUCUCUGCCACGAUGGAAGUGCUGGGCUUCUGGGCCUUCGGCCGGGCCUUCUGUGAUGUGUGGGCCGCCGUGGACGUGCUGUGCUGCACGGCUUCCAUCCUCAGCCUCUGCACCAUCUCGGUGGACCGAUAUGUGGGCGUGCGCCACUCGCUCAAGUACCCAGCCAUCAUGACCGAGCGCAAGGCGGCCGCCAUCCUGGUGCUGCUCUGGGUGGUGGCCCUCGUGGUGUCCGUGGGGCCGCUGCUGGGCUGGAAGGAGCCGGUGCCCCCAGACGAGCGUUUCUGCGGCAUCACCGAGGAGGCAGGCUACGCGGUCUUCUCCUCCGUGUGCUCCUUCUACCUGCCCAUGGCCAUCAUCGUGGUCAUGUACUGCCGCGUGUACGUGGUGGCUCGAAGCACCACCCGCAGCCUCGAGGCGGGGGUCAAGCGCGAGCGCGGAAAGGCCUCCGACGUCGUGCUGCGCAUCCACUGUCGGGGCGCCAGCGCCAACGCAGACGGGGCGCACGGAGGGAUGCGCAGCACCAAGGGCCACACUUUCCGCAGCUCGCUGUCCGUGCGCCUGCUCAAGUUCUCCCGCGAGAAGAAGGCAGCCAAGACGCUGGCCAUCGUCGUGGGCGCCUUCGUGCUGUGCUGGUUCCCCUUCUUCUUCGUGCUGCCGCUCGGCUCCCUGUUCCCGCAACUGAAACCUUCUGAGGGCGUCUUCAAGGUCAUCUUCUGGCUGGGCUACUUCAACAGCUGCGUGAACCCGCUCAUCUACCCUUGCUCCAGCCGCGAGUUCAAGCGCGCCUUCCUGCGCCUCCUGCGCUGCCAGUGCCACCGACGACGCCGCCGCCGCCCGCUCUGGCGCGUCUAUGGCCACCACUGGCGAGCGUCCACCAGCGGCCAGCACCCCGACUGCGCCCCCGGCCCGGACGCCGCGCCCCCCGGGGCCCCGCUGGCUCUCAUCGAACCCUCCAUCCCCGGCUCCCCAGAGGCGCAGGCUCCGGUGCCCGCCCGUCGAAAGCCGACCUGCGCCUUCCGAGAGUGGAGGCUGCUGGGGCCGUUCCGGAGACCCACCACCCAGCUCCGCGCCAAGGUCUCCAGCCUGUCGCACAAGAUCCGCUCCGGGAACGCGAGCGCGCCCCGCGCAGAGCCCGCGUGCGCCCUGCGCCCCGCGGUGGAGGCUGUGUCCCUGAGCGUCCCCCAGGACCUGGCCGAGGGCGCCACCUGCCAGGCCUAUGACUUGGCCGACUAUGGCAACCUCAGAGAGACUGAUAUUUAAGGACACCCCCCCCAACCCCCAAGUAGGGAGUCCACAGGGAGAGGGCGGAGAGCAGGGUGAGCACGAGGUGUGGGCUGUGGGGCGUGGGGCUGCAGCCCACCGGAAUCAGCCACCAGGACACUGAAGGAGGCGCUGCUCUGUGGCCUGCUUUCCGAGCUGGGACUGGACAGGGCCCUUGGAGGACGGAAAGUCACGGCCCCUCCUGGACACGGCUGCCCUCAAGUCCUGCUUCAGGAGGGAGAGGCUGCGGGCCUCCAUUUGCUCCCAGUUCCUGUUUGAGAAACACCACCCCAUCCACGACCUGAACCCUGGGCUACAACCUGCCCUCCUCUCGGGGCGAGGCCUUGCCUGGCUGCCCCCCAUGCGGCUCCUAGGGAAAAAGUCAGAGGGGCCAGGGUUUCUCAAGGGACAGCUUCUCCUGACUCUUCAGCGGAGGAACCCAGUGGGCCUGCCACUGCCACCCGCAGCUUUGGUGGCAGAUGGGAUGGCCACCCUGAAAGCCUGUUGUAUUUACCCACGGGCCCACUCCACCCUACUCAGGUUCCUCCAUGCACACCCCAUCACCUGGCCCUGACCCUAUUACUCCCCCCCCAAGGGCCUUACUGUUUACACUCUGUACAUAGCUCCUGUGCCUGUGCCCCUCACUUCUCGCUGGGAUCCAGAGCCGUCCAAUGGGGAGAGCCUUGUCAUUUUAGGACAUAUUUAUUGGGGAGAGUACUUCUAUUUUGUGCAAACCGUGCAGACUGUCCCUCUUUAGUUUAUAACCCAUAAAGGACUUUUUUUUUUCCCUAAAACCCUUCAAGCACUAAAGGUCCACAAGAGGCUAGACUGGGUCUGCGUCCACAUUUCUAGUUUCAACUUAACUGUCUCCUUAACUCCUAGCUGCUGUCCUUUGGGAUUUUCAGUCUGACCGUGGACUUGGGAAAUUUUGUUGGCUUUUAAAACUGACGUGAUUUGUCUUGGGAACCAGACAGUGACCAUAAGCACAAGUCUGCUUUGUCAGUCCCCAGAUGCAUCUGUGAAGCGCUGAGGGCCUCGGUGAGGAACAGGGGCCAUCAGUGAGAUGGGUGGACAAUUAUGAAGCCCAAGCGGGCACUCACAAGGUGAGUGAGAGCGCCCCUUCCGAGGAACCAUGCUUGGUAACUGAGAAAAAUGUCCACACCAUUGACAUUCCCCAGAGAGGCGGGCAGUGGAGACUUCAGCUGGCUAAUGCCAACCACAUAUGUCCAGUUGGCAUGCAGGCCACAGCUGUGGCCGGUGAAAGGAGAGCUGGUUAGAUAGCACCCUGCAGGGGCUGAGU